AUGGUAUUGAUGACAUUUUUAAAACGAAUGAACAAUACGUGCAUUAUUCUGUUCUUAUUUUUUGCAUUGGCUUCAUGUAUUUUAUCAUCUUAUCUUGAUAUACCACCACCACCUGAACGACCAUCGCGUUUUAAAACCAAAGAGCAAAUUGCAAAUUAUCUCAAAGCAGUGAAAGAUUAUUACGAUGCAUUUAGGGUAAAACUUGUUCGCCGAGAAAGUGAACUUGAUGAUCUGUAUACAACGUUGGAAAAAUCACUACAAGAAAAUAGUGACGAAGAUAUAAAUGAGCAAUUGUAUUUAUUGAAAAAAUUAGCGACUAAUUUCAAGCAAAAUCAGCCACCAAGAAACUUGUUUAGACAACGGCAGACAAAUAAUCUUCUUCAAUGA